AUGAGUUGGCAAAAUGAUAUGGGCGCGAUGAUGUGCGACGUGAUGCCGACGAUCAGUGAAGAUUCGGCGGAUAUGUCGCACCAUCAGGACGACCACCACAACGCUAAUAUCGAGGAGUUGAUGGUGAACAUGCUGCAGGACCGGGACAAGCUCCAGGAGCAGAUCGAGCAGUACAAAGGGCAGCUGGAGGACAUGCAGAUCCGAGCCAGAGACUUCGAACGCGAGCGUGACUCGUUGAGAAGGCAAUUCGAAGUUCACACCCAGCAUUUACCAUCGGAACUUCAACAAAUGACCCGCGAAAUCGUCCAAACCAGGGAACAACUUCUGGAAAAAGAUGAAGAAAUUGUCGAGCUGAAAGCAGAAAGAAACAAUACCCGAUUACUACUUGAACACCUCGAAUGCCUAGUGUCAAGGCACGAAAAGUCCCUACGUCAAACGGUCGCCAAACGACAUCACAACCAGCAAACAGCGGGUGUUUCUUCGGAAGUGGAAGUGCUCAAAGCAUUGAAAAGUUUAUUCGAGCAUCACAAGGCGCUGGACGAGAAGGUCCGAGACCGCUUGAAAGUGGCGAUGGAACGGGUAGCCUGCCUAGAAGAAGAGCUCAGCGCAAAGAGCGAUGAAAACACCCAACUUCGAACGCAUUUCGCCAGAACGCAAGCGGAAUUGGCAGAGAUGCAGAGCCAGUCCCGAUCCCAAGGAAUUGCUGCCAAUGAAGCGAUGACUGGGGAAGCGGCAGCUAGGAUGGUAGAACUGAAUGAAACCCUGGAAAAGCUCAAAGUGGAGUUGGCGAACAGCUUGAAGCAGGUCAACGAGUUGAAUACAAGAAACUCCGAGCUCGAAUCCCAAGUUACGAAUGCGCAAAAAGAAAUCCGAAGCUCUGGAGAAACCGGAACACAGUUGUCAAAUCAAAUUCAGGAGCGGAACGAGCAAGAAGCCAGGAUACAGACGCUAGAGCAGCGAUAUUUGUCUGCACAACGCGAGGCCACCUGCAUACGCGAUUUGAACGACAAGCUGGAGCAUCAAUUGGCCAACAAAGAUGCGGCCGUCCGACUAAAUGAAGAAAAAGUCCAUUCACUCCAAGAACGACUCGAACUCGCUGAAAAACAACUGGCGCAAUCACUUCAAAAAGCAGAAAGCUUACCAUCUGUAGAAGCUGAACUCCAGCAGAGGUUGCAGGCCUUGACGGCCGCUGAACAGAAACAAGUCUCCGCCGAGGAAAGAAUGGGUCAUCUCGAGAGGCAAAUCGACGAGAAAAACGCCGAACUUGAGCGAGCAGUUCAGAGGGAGAGGAUGAAUGAGGAGCACAACCAGAGAUUAUCUUCUACUGUUGAUAAGCUACUCUCCGAGUCCAACGAUCGUCUCCAGCUUCACCUGAAAGAGCGGAUGCAGGCUUUGGAUGAGAAGAAUAGGCUUACCCAGGAGUUGGAACAUACCAAGAAGCUGUUUGAUCAGGCCGAACGCACCAAAGAACGAAUGCACCGCGAGUGUGAAGCCCUGAGGCAGGAAGUCGAGGGCCUCCGUACGCAACUGUACAACGCACGGACCGCGCAGUUCCACUCCAGGAUGCAUUCACUUGGAAAUAUGCAGCAAGGGCCGAUGCUCCCUCCACCCACCACCAACGGUGUCUCCAACCAAUCCCCGAACCAGCAACAACAAUAUGCAAAUUACGCCGCUAUGCAACAAGCCCAGCAGCCACCUUCCUACAACAAUAUGGUCCCCAGACGACCGAAUAAGGGGCGGGUCGCCUCACUACAGGACGACCCGAACAAGAUCCAGACCCUGGGAGAACAAGAAUGGGACCGAUUGCAGCAGGCUCAUGUUCUUGCAAAUGUCCAGCAGGCAUUUUCAUCGUCACCUUCGAUGGCAGAACUACAGCAUCGAAGCGGAUUGCCAACACCGAUGGGAGGACCCCCCGUGGACUUUAUUCAGCAAGUUCCUGGAGGCCCAGCCGAUUCCCACGUCCUCGCCUCGAUGCUUCAAGACCGUCUCGACGCCAUCAACUCUGAGAUCCGGAUGAUCCAACAGGAGAAGAAUGAGGCCGAGAAGGCGGAGCUCCAGCUCGAAGCUCGAGGAGGAGUCCAAUACGGGUACUAUGAUGAGCAGAUGGUCGGGAGGAAUUCACCUCGUGGAAGUCCACAACAUCAUGAUCUCAUUCAUAAGUAUAAUACGCUACCCGCCAACGCCUCAACCUCGCAAAUUCGAGACGAAAUGGAGUACUAUCGCCAUCAGCCCAUGGACGACUCCCUUCUCGACGAGCGUUACGGCAUGAAAAGACGGGAUGACAUGCGCCUUCACGGCAUGCACCAUCAGCGCUUCGAUGAGCCGCUGGAGCGAAUGUCCCCGGCUUCUUCAAUUGCGUCGAGUACGGAGGGGCUGACGAAAAAGAAGCGAUCCAGUAGUUCGUCCGGGUUAAAGACGUUGGGCCGGAUUUUUGGGACGAAGAAGGGGAAGAAUCAGGAGACGUACAGACGAGCUGACGGCGCCUUUUCCGACUCUGAACUCUCUACGGGUGAUGUGACUGCAAAAGUCAAUGGUGGAGACUUGGAUAGAAGAAACAAGAAGAAACACGAGCUCCUUGAGGAAGCGAUGAAGGCCCGGACGCCGUUCGCGUUGUGGAAUGGACCGACUGUCGUCGCGUGGCUCGAAUUAUGGGUUGCGAUGCCGCCAUGGUACGUAGCCGCAUGCCGUGCCAACGUCAAAUCCGGCGCUAUCAUGAGCGCUCUAUCAGAUCAGGAGAUCCAGAAGGAGAUCGGAAUAUCGAACCCGUUGCAUCGAUUAAAGUUGCGUUUGGCGAUACAGGAAAUGGUCUCCCUCACCUCCCCCUCAGCUCCAAGAUCCGCUCGUACCUCCCUGGCGUUUGGUGAUAUGAACCACGAAUGGGUGGGGAACGAUUGGCUGCCGAAUCUUGGUUUGGCGCAAUACAGAUCCGCAUUCAUGGAAUGCCUCCUCGACGCCCGUAUGCUUGAACAUCUCACAAAACGAGACCUGCGCACCCAUCUCAAAAUGCACGACUCAUUCCACAAAGCAUCCCUACAGUAUGGCAUCAUGUGCCUCAAGAAGCUGAACUACGACAAAAAGGCGCUGAUUGAGAGGCGGAGAAUGUGCGAGAAUCAAAAUAGAGAUCUCCUCGUGUGGUCGAAUGAACGGGUGGCGAAAUGGGUUGAAGAAAUCGGGCUCGGAGCUUGUGCCGGGCAUUUGAAGGAUUCCGGCAUCCAUGGAGCGCUGAUCGCCCUCGACGACACGUUUGAUUCUCAGGCACUCGCGUUGAGCCUACAAAUCCCCCCGCAGGACCAACAUGCCCGUCAGAUACUGGAUCGGCAAUUCGCGCAACUUGUCGCGGAAUAUCGCCAAGUCGUCCCCCAUCAACCGACUUACACCUCGCGGGUGACAAUGACCCUAUCGGCUCCAAAACGCUCCGGAAGUCCCGCUCCCCAAGAUGUUCAGCCCAUGUCGCCAAGAACGAUCCGGAUAAUGAGAGUCAAA